AUGUCUACUGCAACAAACUUCAUGAAACUCUCCCUUCCGUUCUAUUCCUUCAAAUUAAGCACAGCUAAAUUUCCUAUCUCGCUGAGAACCUCAUAUUCUAACAAUGCCGCUGUAGUCCUGAUAAAAAUAUUACCACGGGGGCUACUAGUUGAAAGUAAAAAACAUGUUGACCCACCAGAAGUUGAAUUCAGGAGCCCACUGGAAGUUCCUUCAGGGCCAAACUAUAGGCCUCCUUCGAUUCCGCCAGAGGUUCCUGAGAUUCCUAGGACUCCUGAAGUGGACCCUUCUGAUACCCCACUAGAAUUCACCACCACCGAUCCUCCACCACUGGGUCGUCCCAAACUUGACCCUGGCCCUGAUUUUCCAAUGCCUCCACUGGAACCUCCACCAACUGGUCCUGAAGCUCCUGUCCCACCACCUGGUAGGCCGCCGCCACCUGAAGUGGACCCUCCUCUACCGCCUGAUCUCUUUCCCCCACUAUCAACGCCUCCGGAUUAUGUGCCUCCACCGUCUAUACCUCCAAAUAUUCCACCACCGAUAGUUCCACCCGAUAUUCCACCAACCAAAGGUCCAUCUUUUGUUUUUUAA